GGGGCCGAGCGAGCGCGCCCCGGGGGGGCUCCGCAGCCCUUACAAGGCGCUCGGUCGCGUCGGGGCGGCCCCGCCCUCCAGGCGCCACCGGCCCCUCCUCCCCCGGGUGGCGGCCGGCCGGGGCUGCGCGGGGCCGAGGGCGCGGACGCCGACGGGGGCCGGCGCGCCGGGGAAGCGCGCGUCCCGCUCUCCAGGCCCGACGGGCGGGCGGCUGCGCGGGGCUCUCCGGGGCGGCGCCAUGUCCUCGGUGUUCGGGAAGCCCCGCGCGGGCAGCGGGCCGCAGAGCGCGCCCCUCGAGGUCAACCUGGCCAUCCUGGGGCGCCGAGGGGCCGGCAAGUCCGCCCUGACUGUGAAGUUUCUGACCAAGAGGUUUAUCAGCGAAUACGACCCCAACUUGGAGGACACCUACAGCUCCGAGGAGACUGUGGACCACCAGCCCGUCCACCUGAGGGUCAUGGACACUGCAGACCUGGACACCCCCAGGAACUGUGAGCGCUACCUGAACUGGGCCCACGCCUUCCUGGUGGUGUACAGCGUCGACAGCCGUCAGAGCUUCGAGGGCAGCAGCAGCUACCUGGAGCUGCUUGCCUUGCACGCGAAGGAGACACAGCGCAGCUUCCCUGCCCUGCUGCUGGGCAACAAGCUGGACAUGGCCCCGUACAGGCAAGUCACCAAGGCAGAGGGUGUGGCCUUGGCAGGCAGGUUUGGGUGCCUGUUUUUCGAGGUCUCCGCCUGUCUGGACUUUGAGCACGUGCAGCACGUCUUCCACGAGGCAGUGCGAGAGGCACGGCGGGAGCUGGAGAAGAGCCCCCUGACCCGGCCCCUCUUCAUCUCUGAGGAUAGGGCCCUGCCCCACCAGGCCCCGCUCACCGCCCGCCAUGGGCUGGCCAGCUGCACCUUCAACACGCUCUCCACUGUCAGCCUGAAGGAGAUGCCCACCGUGGCCCAGGCCAAGCUGGUCACUGUGAAGUCAUCCCGGGCCCAGAGCAAGCGCAAGGCACCUACCCUGACCCUCCUGAAGGGCUUCAAGAUCUUCUGAGGGCCCCUCCGCAGGAACUCUGGGCUCGGUGGCUGGACAGGACUUCAGCAGGACAGGGGCUGGCUUCUUACCACCAGCCUUUCCCUCUGGUGGACACCAGACCCCGCCUCCAGCACCAAGCAGUGUCUACAUUCAGUUCCCUGUGUGAGCUGGAGUGGCAGGCAGGGAUGCUGCCUCUGUUCCCUCCAGGCCUUGCUCUUCAUGGUAACCACCACAUCUGUGGCCCUGGAGGGAAACGGCCACUGCGACAACCCAGAGACCUGGGGUCAGCCUUAAGUAGGAAGAAAUUGCAGUGUCCAUCCUGCUGCCAUCAGCCUUUCCUGCUGCAGCUGCAGAUGGGCCAGCUGUGGCCCUCCGUGGAAGGUCUGGGUGGACAGCUCUGUCAAUGUCAGGCCUGAGAACGGCCUGCAGAAUGACCGCUCUGGGGUCCCUGUGCCACCUGGUGGACGGGACAGGCAGGGCGGCUGCAGCGUCAGAGGCAGAGCCAGGCCCUGCUGUCGUCUGCUGACUUCACAGAAGGCCCAGGCUACAAAUUCCACAGUUUAUCCAAGGAAAGUCUAGUUAAAAUAAUCCAAUGGGCCGCCUGGGCGGGGCAAAGAGGUCCCAGGAAGGGGUAUUUCCAGCACUUGGCCUCUCAAUGAGGGUAAAAGGGAGGGGGCUGUCCAAUGUAAGGAACUCCAGAGUUCUUUCACCAGCAGAGGCCCCAUGCUUUCCCACUGUUAAGGACUCUGUCCAUAGAACCGCAGGGCCAGCUCCCUCAAGUUUAAUGGUCAGGCUUCGGAAGAAAGUCGUCACUCCAGUGAGUUACCCAGGGCUCCAGGGAGCCCACAGCAGCAUCAGACCCAUCCAGGGCUACAGGGCAUGCCUCCUUGCAGAUGGAAAAACAGUAAAGCUGUUUGUCUUCUGGUUUGGCAGGACCCAGGACCCUCAGCAAUGGGUCUGAGUGUUCAAAGCCCACUUUAGAACCUACAUCAUUUUGGGUUAAUAAAGCAAAUUUUUGCGUAUGUUAUUUGCUGGUGUCACCACAGCUUAUAUCCCAGAAUACCGUGGGAUCAGGACACUCCUCUGGGAUCCCACCGUCGGCAAGAAAAGGCCCUCCGAGGCAGGCAGUGUGGUAGUUAUCUGAUUUUGUUUACCACACACCAAGUCCAAAGGAAGUGUUGCACAGAUUCUUAGCAGAUAAGCAGGGAAAGGAGAGGGCCCUGGUGGGUGGAAGGAUUGGGAAGGGGAUUCUGAGCCUGGAAUCCUGCCCUUCCCCUCUUAGCAGUCUCAAGACUGCUGUUGGAUUGCAAACAGCGUCUCUGACCCAGUCUUCAGCCUCGUUCUGUAAAUGGAGGAGCUGAGGUCAGAGGGGGUUGUGAACUGUUCAAGACCACAUGCUUAGAGUCCUAGCCAGGCUUCCUGACACGCAGGCCAGAUACGGAUUUUGCACUUUUGCUCCAAGCCACUUGUGUGUGUGUGUGUGUAUCACCACCCUCUGAACAAACUGUAAUACCACCCGCUCGCUUCCAGGAGCAUUUUAAUAAAAGAUUUUUUUAAUAACAGAA